AUGUAUUCCGACAAAGUGGAAGUGCUCCGGUUCGAAACAGAACCGUACAGGAACAAAAACGGCAGCCCGAACAAAAACGGAGUGCUGCACUACAACAACAACAACCACAGCAACAAGAACCACAACAACCCGAAACAUUUUAUCUUCCAGAACGGGUAUCACAACACGUUGAUCGAGUCGGAGAAAAGGUCGUCGUCGUCGUCGUCCACCACCACCGCGAAUACAGCCAUCACCGCCGCCGCCGUCGCAGCUGUGUCUCAACUCCAUCAUAACGUUCAGCCACCUUCGGAUCCACUCAUAGCGUCUGUGCUCCAUUCCAGGCAAAAUCCACGGCCCGGUCGUUUGCUCUUGGAAAACGUCAACAACCGGCCGCAGACCAUGGACCGAGGCACUCAGGCAAACACGGACGGGUCGUCCGAGGUGAUCACGGAAGCCCCGACCACCAGUAAUGGUCCGAUAAACAACGAACUGUUCCGAAAGGCCAACAUAAGCGUGACAAAUCAAACAUUGAUGACCAAUGGCGGUGACAAUUCUUCGGUCGAUAGUCUGAAUAGUGCAGAUUCUGCAAAACGCGACAGCGAGGAAUCAGUAAUUGAACUAGCUGAGUUUCAUCAACCAAUGAUCGCCAAGGACGAUUCUGAUGGACCGGUCAACAUGAGCAACGGUGAUGGAAAAUCUGGCGGUGCUGGAGGCAAACCUUCCAAUGGUAUUGUUAAGGAACACCCUGUUGAUGACGAUAUUGAUAAAACUAGUUGUGGCAUGGAGUGUUUAUAUUUUACCAUGCAAUGCUGCGAAUGUUCAAUAAUGUAA